AGGCCCCCCCAGGAGGGGAACGGGGGCUGCCCCAUCCCAGGGGGUGCAGGGUCCAGCCUCUCUCCCUGCUGGGACCUUGGUGGGAGGGAGGAGAGGGUGUUCCGUGUCCGGGGCAUUGGCUGAGGCCUGGCUGGGCUCGGGCAGCGCUGCCCCCGGGAAGGGGUGACUGUGACCCCAGGAGGCAGAGCCCAGAGCCGGGUGGGGGUGAAACACCCCCAGGCUGGGAUCCCCAGGGUGACCCAGAGCAGGGAUGGGGUAGCGACCCACCCCCCCAGGCCUGACUCGGACAGCCCUACAUGGGAGUCCUGGGGGUCCCUGGGUCACAGCCUCACGAGGUCACCGGCUGCCCCAGGAUAAAAACAACCUGGGCAGACGGUGCCGAUGUGCCUGGGGGUGUGGGGAUGGGACGGGACAUGCCAGCCAAUUAGGGGGCUCCUGGCCACUUUCGGGGCUUAUUGGGGCCCUGCCACACGGCUGGCCCUUUAUCAGCACGGCCCUGGCACUGCCGGUGCAGGGACGGUGCCUCCUGCCCCCUGCGUGCACCCCUGGAGAUGCGUCUGCGUGGGGCCGUGCUGGCCCUGUGCUGUGUGGCAGCUGCGGCCUGGCUGCAGGUGUCGGUGGGCCCCUCGCCGGUGUGGGCGCGCCCCGGGCAGCGCGUGGUGCUGGAGUGCCUCAUUGGGGCCGACUACCCGCCCCUGGAGCUGGAGCUGGAGCAGCUGCAGGUGUGCUGGCGGCACGAGGGGCGCACCGUGCUGGAGUUCACCGGGGCGGUGCGGGCGGCGCGGGCGGGACUCAGCCUGGCAGAGGACGAGGUGAGGAACGGGAACGUCUCGCUGGUGCUGCAGAACGUCACCGCCAGUGACAGCGGGGAGUGGACCUGCUACAUCCUCUACCCGCCUGACCAGGCCCAGGGCAGCCUCACCCUGCGCGUGGCAGACCCGAUGGUGCCCCCCGACACCUGCCCCCUGGGUGGGGGUGCCCCACGGCUGCGGCAGCUGGAGGAGGUGAUCGGGGGCUGCGUCCGCUCAGCCAGCGAGCUUCAGCGGCACCUGGCCCAGCUGGUUGCUGAGGUGAAGGAGUGUCCGGGCAGCCCAGAGGCCGAGGAGAGCCCAGCCCGGGCACAGGCUGAGAGCGCCAGCCAGACAGCACAGCCAUGAAUCCUCGGUCAUCUGCCCAGCGCCCGCUGGGCUCGCAGCGUCCCCGACAGCUCCCGCAGCAACAGGGCUGGGGUCCCCGGGAAUGGACGGGGACACCCAUGUCACAACAACGGGGCUGGGGUCCCUGGGGAUGGACAGGGACACCCACAUCACAGCAUCGGGACUGGUAUUCCCGGGGACAGAUGGGGACACUCAUGUCACAGCAAUGGGGCUGGGGUCCCCGAGGAUGGACGGGGACACCCACGUCAAAACAACGGGGCUGGGGUCCCCGGGGACGGACGGGGACACCCACGUCACAGCAAUAGCUUCGCUUCUGCAGGGUGUGACCACAAAUUUGGGGGGCCGGGAUCCUGCGCGGAAAUGGAGUCACAGGCCCUGUCUCCCCUAAGGGGCUCUGGGAUGUCUCGAACCGCUGUGGCCACCGUGGGCAGGGUGUCAGAUGAGGGAGGACGGCUGGGUAGAUGGGCUGAUGGCUGGGAGCCCAUAGGGGGUCUAUUUGCCUGUUCUGCUGGCUGUGCUGCUGGGAGACCCUGGGUAGUGAGCUCGGCAGGGACAGUGGGGGUGGGGGGCGUCCAUGGGGGGCUGUUAUUUGGCAUGUUGGGAGGGGGCUGCGCGGCGUGUGAUCAGCUCCCAGCGUGGUGCCAGCUGCAGAGCAUGGAUAAGGAAUAAAAUGCUUGUCCCGCA